GCGGCUAAGGAGUGGGUGCAAGCCCGUCAACGCAGAGAUUCCCCUGUGUGCAGCUGGGGGGACAAGGUUCAGUCCUCUUCAGAAAAAUGGGUAGCUUCGUUGUGGAAAUGAUUGAUUCUGCGCACCCUCUAUCCUUCCGCUAGCUAUCCCAGUCUUGUCACGCCUAGAGGCCCCUUCCCAUUACCUUUCCCCAGCUCCUGUUUCUUACCCACCGCCCCCAAACAGCGUUCUCCCAGAACCCAGAAGCAAAGCGGGAACCUGGGACCUAGGGAGUCAGUUCCAUUGGCCCUGAAAGCAAAAAGGAGGGGUCAGAAAAGAACCUACAAGGGUCUAAAUGGAAAAGUGGAAAGCUUUCUUUCCCUACUGCGUAAUAGGUUAAUUGAGUUUGGGUGGGCAGACAAGGUGGGUGGAGGAAUACAGGGAGUGGAUAGCACAAAAACACGCCAAGUGUAUACCCGGAACACAUUGGACUCCUCUCCCUCCCCCUCCUCGUGAAGUGUGGUACAAUCCGCAGAGAGUGGGGCGGUUCUCGAGGCGGCUGGAGCAGAGAGCCGGCAGUCUCGCUGCUGGGGCUGGAGCCACCCCUCGCCCCCUCCCUUUCCUUUUGGGUGCUGCAGCCUCAGCGUUAGCGUGGAGGCGCUGGGGCUCGCGCGCCGCCGUAAAGCCCAAGCGAAGCAGCGCCGCGGCGGCUGCAGUGCCGGCUGCUCCUUGCUAACAGAGGUGCCUCCGCCUUCCCCUAGCCGCAGAAGAAGCUGCUGCACGAACAACCGCCGCCGCCAAGGCGGCGUGGGCUCGCCUUGGGGCCCUCCGAUCUCGGGGAGGCGGGCGAUGGUCUGUUUGCUUGCGAAAGAGGCAGUGCGGCUCCCCAAGAUCCUGGUCUAGGAGGCGGGGAAUCCUUUAGAGAGGAGACGGCGCCCUCCAGUCUGUGACAGGUGCAGUGUCCCAGCAGAGGAGGAGGAAGAGAAGAAGGAGGGUUCCCGGGAAGUGGGACCCACCUGCAGCAGCAAGGGUAACAGUGAUGCCAACCAUGCGGAGAACCGUGUCCGAGAUCCGCUCCCGAGCCGAGGGAUAUGAGAAGACAGACGAUGUUUCAGAAAAAACCUCUUUGGCUGAUCAGGAAGAAAUAAGGACUAUAUUUCUCAAUCAACCUCAGCUGACUAAGUUCUGCAAUAACCAUGUCAGCACAGCUAAAUACAACAUCAUCACAUUCCUGCCAAGAUUUCUGUACUCUCAGUUUAGAAGAGCUGCAAAUUCAUUUUUUCUUUUUAUUGCAUUGCUUCAGCAAAUACCUGAUGUGUCACCAACAGGUCGCUAUACAACUCUGGUUCCUCUCUUAUUUAUUUUAGCAGUGGCAGCUAUCAAGGAGAUCAUUGAAGAUAUUAAACGGCACAAGGCUGAUAAUGCGGUGAAUAAGAAGCAGACACAAGUUUUGAGAAAUGGUGCUUGGGAAAUUGUUCACUGGGAAAAGGUGGCAGUGGGGGAAAUAGUGAGAGUGACCAAUGGGGAACACCUCCCAGCAGAUCUCAUCAGUCUUUCUUCAAGUGAGCCUCAGGCCAUGUGUUACAUCGAAACAUCCAACCUAGAUGGCGAAACUAACCUGAAAAUCCGACAGGGUUUACCAGCAACAUCAGAGAUUAAGGAUAUUGACAGUUUAAUGAGAAUUUCUGGCAGAAUUGAAUGUGAGAGUCCAAACCGGCAUCUUUAUGAUUUUGUUGGAAAUAUUAGGCUUGAUGGACAUGGGACUGUUCCCCUGGGAGCUGAUCAAAUUCUUCUACGAGGAGCUCAAUUAAGAAAUACACAAUGGGUUCAUGGAAUAGUGGUCUAUACUGGACAUGAUACCAAGCUUAUGCAGAAUUCAACAAGCCCACCAUUGAAACUCUCCAAUGUAGAAAGGAUUACAAACAUACAAAUUCUGAUUCUAUUUUGUAUCUUGAUUGCCAUGUCUCUCAUCUGUUCCAUCGGAUCAGCUAUUUGGAAUCGAAGGCAUUCUGGAAGGGAUUGGUAUCUCAAUCUCAGUUAUGGUGGAGCUAAUAAUUUUGGAUUGAAUUUCUUGACUUUUAUCAUCCUGUUCAACAACCUUAUUCCAAUCAGCUUGUUGGUUACUUUAGAAGUUGUUAAAUUUACCCAGGCCUACUUCAUAAAUUGGGAUCUAGAUAUGCACUAUGAACCUACAGACACUUCUGCGAUGGCUCGGACGUCCAAUCUUAAUGAAGAACUUGGCCAGGUAAAAUACAUAUUUUCUGACAAGACUGGCACCCUGACUUGCAAUGUAAUGCAGUUUAAGAAAUGUACCAUAGCUGGAAUUGCUUAUGGCCAUUUCCCUGAGCCUGAGGAUUAUGGGUACUCUACUGAAGAUUGGCAGGGCUCACAGCCUGGAGAAGAAAAAAUAUUUAAUGAUUCAUCAUUGCUGGAAAAUCUCCAAAGCAAUCAUCCAACAGCACCGAUUAUAUGCGAAUUUCUUACAAUGAUGGCUGUCUGUCAUACAGCAGUACCAGAACGAGAAGGUGAUAAGAUUAUUUACCAAGCUGCAUCUCCAGAUGAAGGAGCCUUGGUCAGAGCUGCUAGACAGUUGAAUUUUGUUUUUACCGGAAGAACACCUGAUUCGGUUAUUAUAGAUUCCCUUGGACAAGAAGAAAGAUAUGAAUUACUCAAUGUCCUAGAGUUUACCAGCACCAGAAAAAGAAUGUCAGUGAUUGUCCGCACUCCAUCCGGGAAGUUACGGCUCUACUGCAAAGGAGCAGACACUGUAAUUUAUGACCGUCUGGCUGAAAGUUCAAAAUAUAAGGAAAUUACUUUAAAACACUUAGAGCAGUUUGCUACGGAAGGGUUAAGGACUUUGUGUUUUGCUGUGGCUGAGAUUUCAGAAAGUGAUUUCCAAGAGUGGCGUACGGUCUAUGAACGAGCUUCAAGUGCGAUACAGAAUAGGUUGCUCAAACUGGAGGAGAGCUAUGAGCUAAUUGAAAAGAACCUUCAACUCCUUGGAGCCACAGCCAUUGAGGACAAAUUGCAAGAUCAAGUGCCUGAGACCAUUGAAACUCUAAUGAAAGCGGACAUUAAAAUCUGGAUCCUCACCGGAGAUAAGCAAGAAACUGCCAUUAACAUUGGGCACUCUUGCAAACUCUUGAAGAAGAACAUGGGCAUGAUCGUCAUAAAUGAAGGCUCUCUUGAUGCAACAAGAGAAACUCUGAGCCAUCACUGUACUACCCUUGGUGAUGCUCUGAGGAAGGAGAAUGAUUUUGCUCUAAUAAUUGAUGGCAAAACUCUGAAGUAUGCCUUAACAUUUGGAGUGAGACAGUAUUUCCUGGAUUUAGCUUUGUCAUGCAAAGCUGUUAUUUGUUGCAGGGUAUCGCCUCUUCAAAAAUCUGACGUUGUAGAGAUGGUUAAAAAGCAAGUUAAAGUCAUCACACUGGCCAUUGGGGAUGGAGCAAAUGAUGUUAGCAUGAUACAGACGGCACAUGUGGGCGUUGGCAUAAGUGGCAACGAAGGACUGCAAGCAGCUAAUUCUUCAGAUUACUCUAUAGCACAGUUCAAGUAUCUGAAGAACUUACUGAUGGUUCAUGGAGCCUGGAACUACAACCGAGUGUCUAAAUGUAUCCUCUAUUGCUUCUACAAAAAUAUUGUACUCUACAUUAUUGAGAUCUGGUUUGCUUUUGUAAAUGGCUUUUCUGGACAAAUUCUCUUUGAACGUUGGUGCAUAGGCCUUUACAAUGUGAUGUUUACAGCAAUGCCUCCCCUCACCCUUGGAAUAUUUGAGAGAUCUUGCCGAAAGGAGAAUAUGUUGAAGUAUCCAGAAUUAUACAAAACUUCUCAGAAUGCACUGGAUUUCAACACAAAGGUUUUCUGGGUUCAUUGUUUAAAUGGCCUCUUCCACUCAGUUAUUCUGUUUUGGUUUCCACUAAAAGCCCUCCAGUAUGGUACUGUAUUUGGAAAUGGAAAAACUUCUGAUUAUCUUCUGUUGGGAAACAUUGUUUAUACUUUUGUAGUGAUCACUGUGUGUUUGAAAGCUGGAUUGGAGACGUCGUACUGGACUAUGUUCAGCCAUAUAGCCAUCUGGGGCAGCAUUGCACUCUGGGUGGUGUUUUUUGGAAUCUACUCAUCUUUAUGGCCUGCUGUUCCUAUGGCACCUGAUAUGUCAGGAGAGGCAGCCAUGCUCUUUAGUUCUGGAGUCUUCUGGAUGGGGCUGUUAUUUAUUCCUGUGACAUCUUUGCUUCUUGAUGUUGUAUACAAAGUAAUCAAGAGAGCCACUUUUAAAACACUGGUAGAUGAAGUUCAAGAGCUGGAGGCAAAAUCCCAAGAUCCAGGGGCAGUUGUGCAUGGAAAAAGCCUAACAGAAAGAGCUCAACUUUUGAAGAAUGUUUUUAAGAAAAAUCACGUGAACUUGUACCGUUCUGAAUCUUUGCAACAAAACCUGCUCCAUGGAUACGCUUUCUCUCAAGAUGAAAAUGGCAUCGUUUCCCAGUCAGAAGUGAUCAGAGCUUAUGACACUACAAAACAAAGACCAGACGAGUGGUGAAGAGGACUUUGCUGGAAAGGGGGGCUCGAAUACUUACUUCUGUAAGACAACCUUCUAGGUCUUUACUGGAAUCCGCUAAAUCAUUCCAGUCCAGGGAGUUGCAAAAAAAGAUCUGUGCUGAUGUCAUUGCGUGAAGUUCAGAUUCCUCUAUUCUGUAGACAUGAGCACUGUGCAACUAUACUGUAACAAGAUCUCUUUCAAAGUUUUCUAAACGAGUAUUUGCUUCAUCUUUGUCAACAGAAGUGGAAAAUGACCUUGUUUCCUGCCAGGACUGCUGACUUAAAAUGAGGUUCUUUCAGUGUUGUCCUUAGACCACACCUUGGGAUAGAGGGAAUGCUGAGAUUCCUGAAUAGACCGUAGGAUGACCAACCUUUACUCUUGAUGAAAUAUGUGAAAUGGCAUUCUAUCAAAGAGGGACUGGCCUGUUAGUAACAAGACUCAGAUUCAAAAUGAGCUGACAACCAGCAUUUUUAAGGGGCGGACUCACCUUCCCGAGUAAAAUUUCUAAGCAAGGCAUCCAUGGUUUUGUUUGUGUCAAAACUGUCCUACUAAAUGUUUGCCAAAGAAGUUCAAUAAAUGUAUUUCUCCUUCAGUAGCCAUUUGCACAGAAACGUCAAAGGAAGUUUCCUUCUUGUCCUUUUGUCAGAACUGCAUGCUUGACUUUUUAAUCUGUAAGAGGAUCAGUUUGCAAAAAUGAGUCCAAUUCAGGUUUCGUCUAUGGCGUUUGCUACUAAAAUCUGUAACAUUUUGCACCUUCAGCCUUACGAAUGCUUCUUUCUUCCUUGUCUUGUCCAUCCGUCAGUGUCAGAGAGGUGCAUUUCAAUAUGGUGACUCUCUUGGUUGUGGUGGUGAUUUUCUAACAUUGUGUUUCUAUCUAUUAGCCAGCUCUAGUGUAUUUCCAUCUUUUUCUAUGAUGUUUCUGCUCUUAAAUUUUGUGGCCUGACAUGGUAUUGUAAAGUCCUAAGAGGAGCACUUUUUUUUCCACUUGAGAAAAAUACAUUUGCAUAUUUAUAUGACUUCCAAAGUUUUCUGUUCAAAUAUUUGGAAUACCACACCAGAUAAAUGCAUUUGCUUUUGUAAUCUCCUUUGGUUUUACCUUCUGAUUCCCCCCAGAGGUUACUGCUGUCUUCUACAGCCAAGCCAUGUGUAAUCUAUAUUUAAGAAUGAGUAAUUAGUUUUCAGUUCAGUUGUCAGAGGUAGCUACCACAUUUCUUUUAAUGCAAAUGAAUCACAUACUAAUGGAAAAAACUAAUUCCCAUAGUAUGGAAAUGAGGAGCAUUUCUCAUUAUAAAUAGGUUAUAUUGGUGUUUGUUAAACGAGUGUUUAGUUCAGUUGGCACUUCCCAACUAUAUUCAAAAUGCCUAUUUUGCUACCAAAAGCAAGUGUUAAAAUAUACAUGACAAAGUAUCAGCAAAUUUGCAUUCCCAUUUUUAAAAUUGCUUUUAUUUUAGAUAAAAAGAAUUCCAACUUUCAGAUAUAUAUAAAUAUAUAUAGAGAGAGAGAAUGGAUUGAAACACAUGUUGCCUUUUAGUGAGUAGUAGAUUUGCCUUGCUGUAGACAAUAGAUGCCUCAUUGAUGGAACUUUCUUCUUUUUUUUUCUUAAGUGAAGCCUUUUGGUUUUUUUAAGAAAGAAGUCUACUAAAUCAACUCUUUGAGUUUCACAAUUUCACAAAUUAUCGUUCUAAAUCUAGAUUUUAAAUAGUUAGGUCAGAUCUACAUAUUUGGAUUGCAUCUAUGGUCCUUUCCGGUUUGGCACUUAUUUCACAAAAGAAUCCUAUUACUCUCUGGAUUCAUAGCUAUUUUCUCCUUCCUCCUUGGCCAGGUAAAUUCCCCUUCCUUUCCUUUCUACAAAUUUGUACCUACCGAAAGAUGUCACACAUUCAAUUUGGUGUUAGUCCCAGGACUAUUGACUUCCAACUUCUAUUCACUAUCCACUUCCAUUCAGUGAUAUAGAUUUUAAGGAAUCAGAAUCAAGGAAGAUCACUGAAAGGUUGAGUUUUAGACUAUACAGCUAUAGUCUGAAUUAUGACAUCUUUGAAAUUUUUAAUGUGUAAUGUUUAACUAUUCACUGAUUCUUUUUAAAAAUAUGUCUUUUAGUCAUCCCUUUCCUAGGUCCAUAUGCUUUUAUGUUCUACCCAUGUGAAGAUAGUUGAGAUAGAAUCACAAAUAUUUAAAAAAGAAGUAAAUGGAACCCAUUUCCAAAAGAAAAAAAAUCUAGGGCUUUUGAAAGAAGAAUUCAUCUUCUACUUCUAUAUCCUAGCCCUCCUCAAUCUCAUUCUUCGCAAGACUUAAACAUUGAAAAGUUAUCAAUGAGAUAAAAUUGAAUUCUUUGAACUAAAAUUCAGUAAUACUUAAAUUAUUGAUCCAUGGGUUUACUUUGCUGAAAUUCUUUAACAUUAAUGGGAUAUACCUAUUUGAAAGAUACUCUUUAAAUUUACAAAAUUAAAUAUAAGUUUAUCAUGGCUCAAUUUCUACUGGCAAUUGAUUUACAAUCUGGCAUGAAAGAUGGUGUGCUGGAUAUGAAGUGAAAAAGACAAUUCCAAUUCUGCUCCUGACAUUUGUCAGGGUGGCUAAGGUAAUUUACCUCUCUGAGUUUCAUUUGCCUCAUUUAUAAUCCCUGUAGUAUCCAUUUCAUAGAAGUUGAUAGGAUCUUAGGAAAUGAGGAUAAAAAGCAUUUUAUAAAUUUGUGCUACAUAAAUUUCUGUUAAUAGUAACAUUCAUAUAUUUCUGUCCCUUGAAAGGACAUUUUAACAAAAAAAAACAACUUUUUUUUGUUUUCAUGAAAUCAAACCUUAAUAAAACUUAAAAUUUGAUAUUUAAUGGCAUGUUUUUUACAGUGUUGAUGCAAAUGACAACAAUUCUAAAAUUCCUUGUUACUUUUUUUCAUAAGAGAAAAGUUUUUCCCAGAAUUAGUGAAGCUGAAGUGUACUACUUCAACCUUCUUCUCUCUGUUACCUAUUCCAAGGAAGAAGGUUGUCAUGGAAAUCAGCUUCCAUGAUAGUUUUUACUAUUGGGCACCAAGAAAACUUGUUGCUUCACAAGCACUACUACCCAUAAAAUUAGAGUUCAUGUAGAAAUCUCAACUUAUCUAGCUCUUUCAGGGUUUUUAAUGUAUAUUUGCACCAAGUAGUUGCUGUUUUCUAAAAAUGUUAACAUCCUAAUAGUAUUUCUCAGGAAGUUAGUUAAAAAAAGAAAGAAAGAAAAAAGAAUAUAGAAAUGAUCCAGAUACUCUAAUAGAAGGGAAAGACUUUUAUUUUGGCACUGUAUGUCAAUUGCUAAUCAGAUCAGAUGUGCAACCCAAUUUAAUGUGUUCCCUGCUCAAUAGUAUUAGUUUGAUGUAUUUUGUGUUUGUGAUUAAGCGAGGCCACUGACUUCUAUGAAUAUUAAGGGAGAAAAAUGAGUGGUCAAUUAUUGAACAUUAAAUCUGAUUAUGAAACAUUAAAUUGGAAUUUCAGAACUUGGUAUUUUUCAAAUUCAGUAUGGAGUUCACUAAGUAAUUUGUGAAACCAGUCUGCAUCAUCUGCAGUGCUUAAUAAUAAUAACUUUUUUGUUUUAAAUCCCUUUUCAUAAACAAUGUUAGUUUUAAAUCAAGAGAUUUCAUACAAAUAAUUGUGAAAUGCCUCUAACCAUGUCAUAAUUAUUGCGUGGCUAAGUAAUUUUCAGUGAUUUUUGUAUGUAUGUGAGUGUCUUUUGGCAUUUCCUCAUUUAAGAGGUCUUUCUGCAAAUAAAUCUGUAGGCUUAGGAAUAAUCAGUUUCUAAAAAAUCCUCUUCCCCACAUAACUGCUCCCACUCCCCCUUGGGAAAAAAAUAUAUACACACACCAAAGGGACCAAGUUUGUGGGGUUCUCUCUAUAAAGCACCCAAUAACCACCCAUGAUUAGAUGUCUAAAAAUGAGAUGAUAAUGAUGAUAAUGAAAAUUUCUACUAUGCCUAUGAAAGGUGACCCUAUUGUGGAUUUUUCUUAUUUAAAUAACUGUCAUUUAAGAAACUUCGUUGUUGCAUUUUAAUUAACCUUGAGUAGCUAUAAAAUUGUAAUGUGUGUUUAAUUUUAAAGAAAAGGAAAUGAAUUUUUCCCUUUUAAAAUCUUGAUUUAUUUUCUAUGUAAAAGCAGCUGUGCUUUUGAUGAGUUUAUGGUUUGUCUGCAUGAAUUAAUAUUUUAAAGUGGCCCAAGCAAAUGCAUGACUUUUGCUAUAAAUCUUGAUAUUUUUCUGCCUUCCAAAGUCAUAUCAGAGAGUAUCCAAGAGUCAAUGUUCAGCAGGCAAAUAAAUUAGUCCUUAGUUCAACCUUUUCAGAUGAGAAUAUUCUUUUUCAAAUAAGUUUCAGCAGAUUGAGUCAAAUCAUUUAUUUGGAUUGAUUGACAGAAUUUUGCAUUUUAGAGUUUCUUGGCAAAUCCACCUCUUCACCAGGAAAUAUGGUAGCAUUCUGAAGAUUGGAUUUCCAUAUCUGCUUAUUCCUAAUUCUGACUUUCUCUGAGUAAAUCUCGUGUUGUAAAAAUGUGACCAGAAUACAUAAAAAGAUCAUGUUUAUGUUUUGUUGUUCUAGACUAGAAGCCAUAAAAACAGUGAGCAGGGCGGGGUUUUCCCCUCCUUUGAACUUCAUUUUUGACUUAAGUAUUUCAAUGUAUAUUAAGAAAACAUGCUGCCCUGAAAGCAGCAACUGGGCAAAACUACAGUUUGCAUUAAAGGGAAGGUAGGACUUUUCUGAUUGCACUGGACCGUUACUGCGGAAGCUGGGAUCGAACCCUCAAAGUUGCAUGAGUAGAGAGAGAGUUGUUUGAUUCCGUAUUUAUGGUAGUUUUCUCAGGUUUGUUUUAACUUGACAUUAAAUGCACUGUGUUUUAUAGAUAGUUAUUAAAAUUUAAUAAUGUUCAAUUCUGUGCAGUGUUACAUGUCACUGGCAUUUUGUGAAUGUGCAUGUUUUGACCUGCAAAUUUUAAAUGCAUUGUCUUUUCAUUGUUAUUAAAAAUGAAAUAAAAUAUGGCAUUACAUAAAGAAAA